AUGGCUCGAACUAACGGAUCAGGAUUUGGGCUACCUCCCUUCUUCCUCAUUAGCAAUGCAUUAAUUUGGAUUUCGGCCGUCAUUGUUAUGGGAAUUAUCUCCUACUUCAUCUCUCUAAACAACUAUGUUUCUGGUCAUAUCAUUUACGAAGAAGUUAUCUCUGUUCUUACCGUUGCCUUCUUCUUGGUCUCUUUCAUCAUCGGCUCCUAUCCGGGUUCUAUUCUUAUAUUCAACGUCAUAUUCUCCUACCUCUGGCUAGUCGCCGUUGUCUUUACGGCUGAGGAUUGGUCAUCCGACUAUGCUGGCGAGCUUGCUCAUACCGUCGAGGCCUUUAGCUUUAUCGCCUUCUUCUUCCUAUUCUUCAAUGUUAUCUUCGACUGGCACUACGGCUUCCGUGGGCACGUACGCAGCACCUCGGCUGUGUAA